AUGGAAAUUGCUUUCCGAGGAAAUGCGAUACCUCAUUCCUGUUUCCGUAGGUAUAUUGACCUGAUCUCCGAAGUUGGAGGUUCGCAAUCACAUGCCAAAUCAGGCAUCCUGUCAUCACGUGGUGAUAGUGAUAAGCCAUCCCCAACAGCCUGGAACCGCUCCACCGUGGCGCCCAAUGGCUCUCCAGCUAGCUCCCGUGCUUCCCUGCAGCUCAUCCUCGAAACCUCCGACCGCAGCUCUCAUCUAACUCCAGGAAAAGAUGACAGUCAGCUCGACACGAGUGACAACGUCAACACCAACACCUCGACUCCCCGCCCUCCUCGCCAACCAUUUUGGGAUUACAACUCCUCUUGUAAGGAGCACGCGACCUCGGAGGAACUCUACCGUCUAAUGAUGGCCGAUGUCCAGACAUCCCCGCGCCCCGAGGCCGAACAGCCCGCCCAGGCGCCUUUGUCGUCGUCGUCACAAGACCAGAAGCCUGCCCUUGCCGGCUCACCCGAUAACAAGCUCGGCACCGAUACUAUAACUGCCAUCAUUCCUGUAGUGGAGACAGAUGCCGCAGCUGAGAACGAGGCCGAUGCCGAGGCCCUUUUGCCCAAGCUCGAUCCCGCCGGUUUCUUCACCCUCAUCUCCAACUCGACGGCGAACACCACCCACCACCCGACUGUCAAGUACAUCUUUCUGGACGAUGACCCCGAUACCCUCACGGCCGCCCUCGCAGCGCAUCACUCCUCGAACCAAAUCUCGACUCCCUCGGCCUCGGCCUCAACCUCCAAGUCCGGACCCGGAAAGAACCUGAACCCGAACCGAGCCGUCCUCCUCGAUGUCGUUCCCGGCGAAGACGACCAAUGGAAAGUGUCAUCAGUCGCUAGCCUUAGUGCAGACUUUGCUGUGACCGACGCCAGCAUAUCUCGACAGGAGGGCGAGAAGGAGGGCGGGCUGGUCCUCAAGAUUGAGGGCGUCGAAAGCGAGGGUGCUACGACGAUGCUCGACAAAGAAAAGGAUCGUGCUGAGAGUUUGCCCAGCUCCAAUAGCGGUGUUGCCAAGUCUGGUGGCGAGGAGUACGGACCUCUCCUCGAGGAUUUUGAGCGCAAGAUGAGUGUGCUUCGGCGGGUUGUCAAGGCUGGUGAGGGUCGGGCUGAGAGCGCUCGUGAGACGAAGCCUUCUGAUGCCGAGGUUGAGCCGACCGAGGAAUGA